UUUUAGAAGCCGACCCUAAAUCAAGCAAUUAAAGCGCCCCCAAGCUACUUAUUAAGUCUUUUCUCUCUCUCUUGACGGUAGUAAAUAUCCCAUUAGCGCAUCGAAUAUGUUUUUCCUUUUUAGCAACAAACGCAUAUCCGUUGCUAUUUCUGAAUGGCCACUCUUUAUUUCUCUUCUUCACCUUCUUAGCCAAACCCCAACCCUAAUCCUACCUUUUCCUCUACCAAUCCCAAAUCUUUAAUUUCCAUUCCACAAUGCUUCCCCAAUCUCAAACUCAAACCCCUUCUCCGGAAUCUCCCAUAUCGCUCCUCCGAGUCUCAUUCAAACCAUACCAUUCCUGCUUCGCAGCCGCAAUCGACGCCAUCUUUCGCAUCUACAACUGCGACCCCUUCCGGGAGCUCUUCCGUCGCGACUUCGCCGGCGGAGAAACCGGCCACGUCGAGAUGCUCUUCCACAGCAACGUAAUGUGGCUCGUCGAUGGCGAACUUCAAGCUAGUGCAAACAACGAGGUUGAGAUAUGGGGAAGUACACGCUUCUAACAGGCGUUGCCCAUGUUCACUUUCGCAAACCAGGCAGGGCUUGACAUGCUGGAGACUACCUUAGUUGCUCUAAAAGACAUAAAGUUAGAGAAAAUAUUUGACGAUCAUGGAAGACUUGGAUUUCUUGUUUCAUAUGUUUUUUCUUGCUCGGUACUGCAAGCUUCUAGAGGAGAACUCGUUCUGGGGGAGGACUGCCGAUUUCUUUUACAUGCUCUUAUUUGGUGCCACUGUAUUGACUGGAAUUUUCUUCUUGGGGGGAUGAUAUAUGAUGGUUUACGUGUGGAGCAAACGAAAUCCCUUUAUUCAUAUGAGCUUCCUUGGCCUCUUUACUUUCACUGCUGCCUACCUUCCAUGGCUUUCAGGGAAGUUCAACCUUGAGGGAAAUAUUGAAUUGCAGGUUGGUGUUAGUUCUUCCGCACCAGGAAGUGGGUACUCCCUUCUCGUUGCUCAGAUGGAACCAAAAAUUAUAAGAACAGAGCUCUUAGAACUCUUAUUUAUGAAAGUUAUGGGUGAAGGAGAGGAACAUAGAGUCGUUAAAAUUGCUGACUUUGGACUUGCAAGGAUAUAUCACGCUCCUUUGAAGCCAUUAUCUGAAAAUGGGUUACAAUGAUUUUUAUGAUCUAUCAACAUAUUUGGGCUUGAGAAAGAUCAGGGUCCAACAAGAACAGUUCCUGUUGGGAGGACAACAAAAGAUGAUCUCAUUCGAGCUAAAUCAUUAUUAAAUAAUCACAUCCUGGCUCAACACAGCCCUGGUACUCAUGUUGCAAAGGUAUCUCUUAAAACAAUUCCUGGUAUGCCUUAUUAUGGAGUUAGUGGAAAUAAUAGCAUUUAUAAUCUGAGAGUUAAGAAACAUCAAUCAAGCGCUUCACAUUGGUUCAAAAUGGACAGGUGCUACUGAUAAAAUCGUUAUAGGAUGGCAUGUGAGUUUUAAUUUAUGUAAUUAUCGCAAUAUGGCUUGUUGGUUGGGGUGGAAAAACCACAACCUCUGUCCAGUCCUCCAAUGGGAUCUUGAUCCUUUCCUGAUGAGAACUAUAUACAUGCAUGCUAUUAUUUUCUAUUGUUCAGAAUUGCCCCAUUAUUUUCUAUUAAUUUUAGUAUGACUUUCAUAAAUUUUUUGACUUUUGAGCUGAAAAUGAAUGUUCAGUUAUUCUUGAACUUACUGUUAAAUUAUGGUUGCUUCCUAGCUUAUUUUAGUGAAUAAUGAUGAUAAAGAAAUUUAUUGUCUGUAGUAGAUAUGGAACCACCCUGGGAUCUUACAAUUGACAAAAGAAGACAAGGACUAUGUAAGACAUGAAGAUGCUGCUGAGAAUUUUCUUGCGGAUGAUAGCUCCAGUGACAAAAAAAUACUUUAAAGUAUUUUUUUUUUAUUUGAUUGGGCAUUUCAACGGACAUAAUUGAGAGACUAAUCUCUCCAUAAAGAG